ACAUAUGUUCCUGGUUUUAAAUGCUUUCAUUCUUUCACAUUAUAAUCUGGAAAGCUCUUUGAAGUGAAGGACAAUUUAAUAAUCAUGGCAUAAUUUUACUUUGAAACGACACCGGAAGUGACACCAUCACGGUAACAUUAGGAAGUUGCUGGGUGCCAAACAAACGGGGAUAGUUUUAAAGUACAGAUUUAAUGCUGCUAAAUCCAACAUUUCCUCAUAAACUACAACACCAGCAGACAUGGCUGUGGACUGGAUUGGGUUCAUCUAUGCUGCUCUGGUGACGACAGGAGGACUCAUAGGUUACUUUAAAGCAGGCAGCGGGGCCUCUCUGUCUGCAGGGCUGCUGUUCGGUCUGCUGGCUGCUGUCGGUGCUUUUCUGGCUUCUCAAAACCCAAAGAAUGUCUGGCUUUCUCUAGGCACCUCUGGGACUCUGGCGGUGGUGAUGGGACUGAGGUUUCUCAACUCCUGGAAGUUCAUGCCAGCUGGUUUAAUGACUUUAGCAAGUGGACUGAUGCUGGUGAAGAUCAUCUCUGGCAUGCAAAAGAAACCACAUAAAUCUUAAAAAUAUGUACAGAUGUUUUUUCAGUGUGUCAAUGCAUAUGUUUGACAUAAAAUUUAAUAAUGUGGGUUUCCACAUACUGUACAUUCACAGACAUUCCCUUGUUUACUAUUACAUUCUGGUUCUGUAUAAAACAUGUGAUAUAAAAUGUGACUUUAUAAGAUAAGGUACAAGAAAGAAAAAUACAUUUUUAUACAGAAAAGUAAUGUUUUUAUCUUUAAAAAUAUAUCUGCUGUUGUAAAAUAAAAAACUUUAAUACAAUAUAACGACUUCAUUGUCUAUUAUUUCAAUAAAAUACUGACUCUAGGAGUUAUGGGACACAUGUACGACACUGGACAAUAUUUUUUAACGUGGCAAAUGUAACAGACUAGCAGGAAACACUUCUCCUUUAGAGCAUUUCCUGGCUCUAGUGCAGUGGGAACUGGUCUC